UCUGAAGUUCUUCAUAUAUCCAUAUCCACACGCUUGUUAAUCAUUGAGUCUGACAUAGGAUUCCAAACAGCCAUGGAAAAUCCAUCUUCCGCCGAAACUCAGCCUCCAAAAUACGAUCUCAUUACGGUUCUCAGCAUUGACGGUGGCGGAAUCCGAGGAAUCAUUCCCGGAGUUAUUCUUGACUACCUUGAGUCUCAACUUCAGGAGAUAGAUGGUGAUAAGGAUGCAAGACUUGCAGAUUACUUUGAUGUAAUCUCUGGAACAAGUACAGGGGGUCUCGUUGCUUCCAUGUUAGCAGCUCCAGAUCCAAAGGCCAAUAAUCGCCCUUUGUUUUCUGCCAAAGAUAUAGUGCCAUUUUACCUCCAAAAUUCUCCACAAAUUUUCCCCCAGACAGGUGGAAUAUUCGCUCCGCUGUUAAACAUAGGGAAAGCGUUGAUAGGACCAAAGUACGAUGGGAAGUAUCUACAUGAGCUGAUAAGAAAGAAAUUAGGGGACACAAUGUUGCACCAAACGCUGACAAACGUUGUUAUUCCCGCUUUUGACGUCAAGAAACUUCAACCUACCAUGUUUUCAUCGUUUCAGUUGGAAACGGAGCCGGCUUUAGAUGUACGAUUGUCGGAUAUUUGCAUAGCAACUUCGGCUGCUCCGACAUAUUUGCCAGCUCAUCAUUUUACAAAAGAAGAUGGAGAAGGGAGAGUGAUAAAAGAAUUCAACCUGAUUGAUGGUGGUUUGGCUGCUAAUAAUCCGACUUUGGUUGCAAUUAGAGAGGUGACGAAGAAAAUCAUAAGGAGGCCAGAUGCAACACCUAUAAACCCUUUGGACUAUGAUCGUUUUCUUGUUCUGUCAUUAGGGACUGGUUCAAACAUGAGCGAGCAGAAAUACAACGCAAAGGCGGUUUCGAAAUGGGGAAUUUUAGCUUGGUUGUCGAACUCUGGGUCAACACCCAUUAUAGAUUGUUUCAGCGAAGCAAGCACUGAUAUGGUUGAUUACCACAACGUUGUGGUUUUCAGUGCUCUUCAAUCUGAAGACAACUACCUCCGCAUUCAAGACAAUACAUUAAAGGGAGAUUUAGCAUCUGUUGAUAUAGCUACUAAAGAGAAUUUGGAUAAUCUGGUGAAAGUGGGAGAGGAGUUAUUGAAGAAAGCAGUCACGCGAGUGAAUCUUGAUACAGGACACUAUGAACCAGUUCCAGAUCAAGGCACCAACGCCCAAGCCCUCAAAAGGUUUGCAAAGUUACUCUCGGAUGCAAGAAAGAAGAAAAAGUCUAACUCACAAGAUGGAAAUUAAACACAAGAAUCCAUGGUUGAACCUUCGCAUAUACCAUUACAAUAUAAGUGUUAAAAUUUCUACAAUAUUAUAAAUGUUAAAAGAAAAU